AUGCACUCCGUAUGGCUCGCAUAUCAACCUGCUCUUCCUGAGCACUGCCGGCCGGUAUCUCCUUUCUUGGAGCAGCUCUCAUCCCUUCUGCAUACAUGUCUACCGACACCGCUUGCUCUUAUUUCUUCCACUCUGGGGAUGCUGAGUAUCGUUGCUUGGCUCUUCGCUCAGCUCCCGCAGAUAUACAAGAAUUACAGGAUAAAAUCGACCGCGGGCCUGUCAGUGUUCUUCAUCGUCGAAUGGCUUCUAGCGGACACUGCCAAUUUUACCGGCGCCGUUCUCACAAAACAGGCUGGCUGGCAGGUCACGAUUGCCGCAUACUAUGUGGUUGUUGAUGUUAUCAUGGUAUACCAGCACUACUGGUACACCCACAUCAAGAAAUGGAAGUCAAACCGCCUUCGAUGCGUGAAAUCCGGUGAUGACGAUGACAGCGAUAUGUGGAGUAACUUCCCAGCUUCAGACUGUGAUUCUUGUCAGCAACUGCCUGCAAGCCAGUAUACGUCCUCUGUUCGCCCAACGGAUGAGUUGAAGAUGGCAGGCAAACGGGCCUCAGACGAAAAGGCUCAGCCGGCCAGCGGCAAGCGUUACGUCAAGGCAGGAACAAGCGGAAGCUCGCUUACUUCCCCAAAGGCUGUUCUAUUCGUUUCAAUGCUGUGUGCAGUUCUCGCCAACGCCACCUCGGUUCCAACACCUGACAUGUCACAGUCACAGCCACUCAGGAUGCCACAAUUAAAUUCAGCUGAGGCUGUGGGACGAGUAUUCUCUUGGAUUUCGGCUCUUCUUUACCUUGGAUCACGACUACCACAACUAUACAAAAACUACACGCGCAAGAGUACUGCGGGUCUGUCUCCCUUGCUCUUUAUUGCCGCCUUUAGUGGAAACACAUUCUACUCCACCUCGAUGCUCACCAACCCGAACGGUUGGUCAGAUUUCCCGCCCUAUGGUGGAGGCGGAUGGGCCGGCCCAGAUGGCAAUGAUCGACUGAACUGGAUACUGCUCGCCAUUCCAUUCUGGCUCGGGGCGACUGGCGUCCUUCUACUUGAUGUGUGCAUGGGUAUCCAAUUUCUGAUAUACGGCGAACAUGGUAGGCAGAUUAUUGCCCGUAUACCCAGUGAGGAGAGAGGCCGACGCAGAUGGACCAAGGUUACUGGCUUUAUGAAGGGCUGGAUCCCUUCGAUGUCCCCAGAGCGGAAAGCACAAGCCGGUGAGACACAGUCUCUCAUUGCCUGCGAAGGCGACAGAUACGGCAGUGUUUGA